AUGGAUUUAAAAUUCGUUGGCAAGUGUUCUGAUGGGGGAGUCAUAGAGCACACCAAAUUCUACCAAAAAUUACAGAAUGAGACACUAAAUUUGCCUGAAAACGAUGACACCGAUGAAAAUUUAAAUUUUACGUUUUUGGCUGAUGAUGCAUUUGCUUUACACAACCAUGUAAUGAAACCAUAUCCGGGUAGCAAUAUUUCACACGAAGAAAGAAUUUUCAACUACAGACUAUCAAGAGGCAGAAAUGUAGUUGAAAACACAUUUGGACUUUUGGCAAGUAGGUUCAGAGUUUUGCACACAGCCAUACACAUGUCACCAGAUAAAAUAAAGUUAGUCGUCUUAGCAAUUUGUACAUUGCAUAAUUUUUUAAGAAGAACUAGUACCUCUUAUGCAUCAAACAUAACAUUUGAUAAAGAAGACACAAACACUCAUGAAAUAAUUACAAAUGGAGACUGGAGAAAUGAAGCUGUUAAUAUCCUAGAAAUCCAACCAAUAACACAACGAAAUUCCCCUGCUAACGCAAAAUACAACAGAAAUAAUUAUAAACAGUUUUAUAAUGGAAGAGGAAAAGUUGAUUGGCAAGAAGAAAUGCUCCAAAAAGGAAAAGCAUAA